AUGUUCUGCAUCUUCAAAGUCACUUUCCUGUCGGAGUUCAGGCGUUUCUCCGUCUCAAACGUCCACCUCGACAACUUAAAGCAAGAUAUUGCCAAACUCUCCUUCGAGGCCAUUCACGCCAAGAUCUGCGAUAUGUUCAAGCAGACAAACAUGACCAUCUCUUACGAGGAUUCGAAGGGUCUCCGCAAGACCAUCAGAAACAACGCCGACGUCUUCGAGGCCAUCCUCAACUUCCACAAGCUGGCUGACUCCGACGCCACGAGCAUGGUUGUCCGUCUGGAUGCUGAGCUGACAAAAGCAGCUGACAAGAAGGACAUCACAAAGGCUUUGAACGAUAUCAGCCUCAAUGCAUCCAACGUCCACGGCACCGUCCAUACCAACGUCUACUGCGAUAUCUGCCUGAACACUGUCCGCGGCAUCCGCUGGAAGUGCCAGGACUGCGAUAACUUCGAUCUGUGCCAGGGCUGCCACGGCCUUGCUGGUCUUCGCCACCCACACCACACUUUCAAGCCCAUCGAGAAGCAGGAGGAGGACGCUGACAACUCUUCCUCCCGUCCUACCAACAACCGCAGCCGCGCAAACAUCCUCCACCUCGCCUCCUGCGACGUCUGCUUGAACCCCAUUGUCGGUGUCCGUCACAAGUGCUUCCAGUGCCCUGACUACGACCUUUGCCAGAGCUGCUUGCCCCUGGCUCACGCGCACCACAAGGGACACACCUUCAUCCCCAUUUCGUACCCUGGACAAGUCGAUGUCAAGAUCGACCAGACCCCCCAGUAUGGUGUCGUAUGUGACGGAUGCAACAGCGACAUUUACGGCGUUCGCUACAAGUGCGGAAACUGCGCCGAUUACGACCUUUGUGGAAACUGCGAGGCCCUUCCUCAACCCAUCCACGACCCCACUCAUAUCUUUUUGAAGAUUCGCAAGCCCAUUGCUCCCCGCCUGGCUUCUGUAACCCCUGUCCUGCCCAACAUGUAUCUCAAGGGAUGGGGUAAGGCCAUGAACACUCAAACUGCUCCCGCUGAGAAGAAAUGCGCCUCGUCCGUGGACCAAGUGUGUCCCGCCAUCUCGGUCUGCAAGCCUUCCCCCAUUGUUGUCUCUCCUACCGCCACUCCUGCUUCAGGGACUUUGCCACUACUUCCCAAGGAGACAUUGAACGGCAUCUUUGUCAAGGAUAUCACCCUUAAGGAUGGCUCGGCAAUGCAGUCGAACGCAACCUUUAUGAAAGUCUGGGAGAUGUCCAACUCUGGCCCUGAGGUCUGGCCCGAAGGAACUGUUUUGCAGUUUGUGGGAGGCGACAGAAUGUUUACAGAGGAGGAGGAGGACGUGAAGAACCCCGAAAUUAAGGUCUCCCAGGCUGGUGUUGGAGAGUACGUCUGCAUCUCUGCAACCCUCAAAGCCCCGUCCAUCCCUGGUCGCUAUAUCUCGUACUGGCGCCUGGUCUCUCCUUCCGGCGAGCGCUUUGGUCACCGUGUCUGGUGCGAUAUUUUGGUGCAAGACGGAUCUGCUCCUGCUGCGAAGUCGGAAAAGACCGUGACCCCUGUCGUUGUCCCCGAGCCCGUCAAGAAGAUCGAAGUCAACAAAGAGGUGGAAAUGAAGGAGGUCGAGAAGCCCAAGGCCAUGGUUGUGGAGGAGGAGCAAGACGACGAUGACUUUGUCGUUGUUGACAACGAGGAGGAGGACUUGUAA